AUGUUCCUCAUUGACUGCAAGGGCAUCAAGGCCUCCCUCGUCGCGAGGCUGACGGAGCUGCAAAACGCCCUCAUGGAGGCGCUGGCGGAGCGGAUGCGGAACACGUGCGCGGCGAUGAUCGGCGAGUACAACACCAUGAGCGCCCGCAUGGCGGGGGAGCCGCGGUCGCCGGAGGAGCUGCAGGAGUUCCGCGACUUCCUCGACGGCAUCCCGGCCCGGCAGGAGCAGCUCAACGCCACCUUCGAGACCCUCACCGAGGGCUUUGACCUCCUCUUCAAGUACAACUACGAGUUCUCCGCCACCGCCUGCAGCGACUACCGCACGGCCUACGAGUGGCCCCGGCACCUGCAGCAGGAGCUGGAGGACGGCAACUUCCGCAGCAAGGAGUACCGCAACGUCCUCAUGCAGGAGCUGCGGGACAACUGCGAGACCCUCACCAACGAGAUUGUGCAACUGGGCAACGUGGUGGACGACUUCGCCCACUUUGGCGACGACGCCCGCGCCGACGUCUACCACGAGCAGGGCAAGGCGCUGGAGCAGCGCAUCAAGGACUACCAGGGGCAGGUGCAGCUGUACAACAGCCACGAGACGCUGUUUGGGCUGCCGCAGUCCAAGUGGCCGCAGCUGAAGGAGAUUCGGACGCAGCUGGAGCCGUACUACAUCCUCUGGGAGGUCGUGAGCCUCUUCAACAACGAGAGCGAGCGCUGGCUAAACACGCGCCUCUCGGCGCUGGAGCCGUUGGACGUGGACCGGCAGCUGAUGGAUUGGUCCAAGAAGAUUGCGAUCAUUGCAAAGAAGAUCAAGGAGGCGGAGCCGGUGGGGGUGCUGAAGCGCAUCCGCGAGAACAUCGCCGCCUUUAAGCCGUACGUCCCGCUGCUUUACGCGCUGCGCAGCAACCUGCAGGGGAGCCACUGGAAGGCCAUUUACCAGGCCUGCGGGAUGCCGAAGGAGAAGCAGGUGCAGGGCACCGGCGGCGCCGACUCCAACGAGGGGCGGCCCUUCAACGACUUCAUCAAACUCGGGAUGCUGGACUUUCUGCCGCAGAUCGAGAGCAUCGCCACGGUGGCGCAGAAGUCCUUUGAGCUGGAGAGCGAGCUCAUGGCGAUGGAGGUGGAGUGGAAGAAGCUGCUCUUCGACAUGGAGCCCUACCAGGACACCCACAAGCUGAAGUCGAACGACAUUAUGCAGCUGACGCUGGACGAGCACAUCUUGAAGACGCAGUCGAUGCUCGGGAAGCCGAUUGUGCGGCAGGCGCCGGCGCUGCAGGCCCGCGUCUCGCGCUGGGAGGCGCUGCUCGACAAGAUCCAGUGCACCGUCGACGAGUGGUUCAAGUGCCAGGGGACAUGGGCCUACCUCGAGCCCAUCUUCUCCUCCGCCGACAUCUCCCGCAGCCUCCCCAAGGAAAAGCAGCUCUUCCUCGCCGUCGACGAGUCCUGGCACAAGAUCAUGGAGCUGACGCGCAUGACGCCGCAAAUUCUGACGCGCUGCCAGGACGAGACGCUGCUGCGCGUGCUCACGGAGAACAACAACAACCUCGAAGUCAUUCUCAAGAAACUGCAGCAGUUCCUCGAGACGAAGCGCAUGGCGUUUCCGCGGUUCUACUUCAUCUCCAAUGAGGAGCUGCUGCAGAUUCUGUCCGACAGCAAGGACCCCUACCUCGUGCAGCCCUACCUCAGCAAGUGCUUCGAGGGCAUCAAACGCAUCCAGUUCGCCGACGCCCACGACAUUCUCGCGAUGGAGUCGUCGGAGGGGGAGGUGGUGCAGCUCGUCCGCAAGGUGAACCCCGGCGACCACCAGAACCUCGUCGAGCAGUGGCUGCAGGAGCUGGAGAAUGUGAUGCGGGACACAAUCCUUGACCAGCUGCGACAGGCAACGGGCGACUACGCUACCCGCAAAAAGAGAACCGAGUUUCUCCGCGCCUGGCCUGGGCAGGUCGUGAUCGCCAUCUGCUCCCUCUACUGGACCAUGGAGGCGACCGAGGCGAUGAGCACCGAGGGCACCGUGGGGCUCACCACGUAUCACGAGAAGUGCGUCGCCCAGCUGGACGACCUCAUUGUGCUGGUGCGGGACCGCAACUUGGCGGCGGUGGAGCGGUGCACGCUCGAGGCCCUCGUGGUGGUGGAGGUUCACGGCAAAGACAUCAUUGCGCAGCUCUCCGAGAAGGGCGUGGACUCCCCCAAGAGUUUUGACUGGCUGGCCCAGCUGCGCUACUACUGGGAGGAGGACCACCUGCACGUGCACCAGAUCAACGCCUCGCUGCGCUACGGAUAUGAGUACCUGGGCAACACCGGCCGCCUCGUCAUCACCCCGCUCACGGACCGCUGCUACCGCACGCUGAUUGGCGCGCUGCACCUCAACUACGGCGGGGCGCCGGAGGGGCCCGCGGGGACGGGGAAGACGGAGACCACGAAGGACCUCGCCAAGGCCCUUGGCAAGUACUGCGUCGUGUACAACUGCUCCGACCAGAUCACAGCGAAGGACAUGGCGAAGCUGUUCAAGGGGCUAUCGCAGUCUGGUUCCUGGGGCUGCUUUGACGAGUUUAACCGAAUUGAGAUCCAGGUUCUCUCUGUGAUUGCGCAGCAGGUGGCGGUUAUCCAGGAGGCCAUCAUUCAAAAGCGCGGCGAGUUUAUCUUUGACGGGGCGCAGAUCCGCCUGGAUUCGGGAUGCGCCAUCUUCAUCACGAUGAACCCCGGCUACGCCGGACGUGCGGAGCUGCCAGACAACCUCAAGGCCCUCUUCCGGCCCGUGGCGAUGAUGGUGCCGAACUACGCCAUGAUUGGCGAGAUUCAGCUCUACUCGUACGGUUUUCUGCACGGCAAGGCGCUGGCGGCGAAGAUUGUCGCCACCUACCGUCUCUGCUCCGAGCAGUUGUCGUCGCAGGACCACUACGACUACGGCAUGCGUGCGGUGAAGGCCGUGCUGACGGCGGCGGGGGGACUCAAGCGGAGGUACCCGGACGAGGACGAGAUGGUGCUGAUGCUGCGCUCCAUUCAAGACGUCAACCUUCCAAAGUUCCUGACGCAGGACGUGGGACUCUUCAAGGGGAUUGUUUCCGACCUCUUCCCCGGCGUGCAGCUCCCGGAGCCGGACUACGUGCACAUGCACAACAGCCUCGUGAAGGUGUGCGAGGCCCGCAACCUGCAGCUCACCGAGUACUUUGAGAUUAAGGUCCGCCAGACCUACGAGAUGAUUGUGGUGCGCCACGGCAUGAUGCUGGUGGGGUUUUCCUUUGGCGCCAAGACGAAGGUGCUGCAGUGCCUUUCCGAGGCGCUUGGGCUGAUGGAGGCCUUUGGGAAGGAACGGCGCACGCGCCUCAUCACGAUGAACCCAAAGUCGGUGACGAUGCCGCAGCUGUACGGCAAAGUGGACCCCUCCGGGGAGUGGACCGACGGUAUUUUGCCGCACAACUUUAGACGCGCCGCGCAGGACACCUCCAAGGACCGCAAGUGGCUCGUGCUCGACGGCCCCGUCGACGCGGUCUGGAUUGAGAACAUGAACACCGUCCUGGACGACAACAAGAAGCUGUGCCUCCAGAACGGCGACAUUAUUCCCAUGUCGAAGGAGAUGAACCUCAUCUUCGAGGUGCAGGACCUGGCAUACGCCUCCCCCGCCACGGUGUCCCGCUGCGGCAUGGUGUACGUGGAGCCGGACUCGCUCGGCUGGCGCUGCCUGAUAGACUCGUACUUCAACACGCUGCCGGAGGCGCUCCGCCUGGAGCCAACCCUCAUGGGAGCGCUGCGCUCCCUCGUGGAUGUCUUUCUGCCGCCCAUGCUGGAGGUGGCGCGCAAGCACGUCAAGUCCGUCAUCCCGCAGGGUUCCCUGGUGGCCGUCUCCGGGUUUAUCAAGUUUUUCGCCGCGCUUUCCAGCGAGCUGGACGUGGACGAGGACGCGCCCGCCGCCGACACCCACGCCGAGGCGCGGACGCUGCUCAUGAAGGUGGAGGGCUGGUUCCUCUUCUCGCUCGUGUGGUCCGUCGGGGGGUGCCUCUUUACGAAGGACCGGGCCACCUUCAACGCCGCGCUGCACGCGGAGGUGGUCACGGCGGCGGCGGCGGGCGCGUACAAGUUCACGCUCCCGCUCCCCGACGGCAGGCACUCCUUCUUCGACGUCCGCCUGGAGACCGCGGGGGAGGUCCGCCUCACGCCGUGGUCCGACUACGUGCCGGAGUUUGCGAUUGGCGAGGGCGCAGAGUACCAGGACGUCAUCGUCCCCACCAGCGCGCAGGUGCGCUACACAUACCUGACGAUGCUGAUGAUUGGCGCCAUGCGCCCCAUCCUGCUUGUGGGCGACACCGGCACCGGGAAGACGAUCAUGAUGAAGUCGCUGCUGAAGGGGCUUCCCGAGGACGUGUACUCCAACAACAUGAUCCAGUUCUCCGCCCAGACGACGGCGGGGCAGCUGCAGCGGCUCAUCGACGGCAGCCUGGAGAAGCGGCGCAAGUGCGUCUACGGCCCCCCCAUCAACAAGAAGAUGAUGAUCUUCGUGGACGACACGAACCUGCCGCAGCUGGAGGAGUACGGCGCCCAGCCGCCCAUCGAGCUGCUGCGCCAGUACCUGGACCACGGCGGGUGGUACAACCACACCAAGGACAGCAUCGACUUCCACCGCCUGGUGGACAUUCUCCUCCUCUGCGCCAUGGGUCCCGCCGGCGGCGGGAGGAACCACGUGACGCAGCGCUUCACCCGCCACUUCAACUCCAUCGCCGUCCCCGCCUUUGAUGAGGCGACGCUGCGCAAGAUAUUUGGCACCCUCUCCGACUGGAUUCUGAGCAAAGGCUUCCCCACCUCGCUGCGCAGCAUGAGUGCCGCGCUGGUGGGGGCCACGAUUGACCUCUACGAGACGCUCGUGGAGAACCUGAAGCCGUCCCCGGAGAAGUCCCACUACACCUUCAACCUGCGGGACGUGAGCAAAGUGUUUCAGGGCAUUGAUAUGGCCAACCCGGCGAAGAUUGUGGACGACCGCAAGUUGUCGACGCUCUGGAUUCACGAGGUCUCGCGUGCCUUCGCCGACCGCUUCAUCGACGAGAAGGACACCAGCUGGUUCCUCAGUGAGGCGGGCAAACUGUCGAUGAAGCACCUCAAACUCGCGCCGGAAAACCUCCUGGACGUGGAAAACCCCACGCUCUUCUCCACCUUCAUGAACGACGAAGGCUACUACGAGGAGCUCCCUAACUUGAUGGAGGCCCGAAAGGCGCUGGAGAGCAAGUUGGACGCGUACAACCUGAGCACAAAUUCGGGCCAGCUGGACCUCGUCGUCUUCAACUACGUCCUGGUGCACGUCUCACGCAUCUGCCGCGUGCUCCGGCAGCCGGGCGGAAAUCUUCUGCUCGUUGGCGUCGGCGGCAGUGGGCGGCGCAGCUGCGCCAAGGUUGCCGCUUACCUGCAGGAGUGUGACUACAUGACCAUCACCCAGACAAAGGACUACGACCACAACAGCUUCCUGGACGACAUCAGAGUGUUUCUGCUCCGCACUGGCAUGAACGGCUACGCGACCAUGUUUGUCUUGGCCGACACCCAGAUCUCCUCCGAGAGCUUCCUGGAGGACGUCUGCUGCCUCCUCAACACCGGCGAGGUUCCUGGGAUAUGGGACGCGAAGCAGGACAAGGAGACCUACGAAAAUGCAGUGGCGUCGCUGCGUGAAAAGGGGAAGGAGCUUGGGCGCCCGGACACCGCGGAGGCGCUUCAGGCGCUAUUUGUCGAGCGCUGCAAGAAGUUUAUGCACAUUGCCCUCUGCUUUUCGCCGCUGGGCAGCGCCUUGCGGGAGCGGCUGCGGAAGUUCCCAUCCCUGGUGAACUGCAGCACCAUCGACUGGUUCCGUGAGUGGCCGGAGGACGGCCUGCGCUCGGUUGCCGCGCGGUUUCUUUCCCGGGUCGAGCUCACCGACCACGAGCGCAGCGCAGCGGAGGACAUGUUUGUCGCCUACCAGCAGCAGGUGCGGGACCUCGGGAAGACGUACCUGGCGGAGGUGCGGCAGCACACGUACGUGGCGCCCACCUCCUACCUGGACCUCCUCUCCACCUUCGCGCGCCUGCUGGAGGAGAAGCGGACGGAGCUGACGGCUAUGAUGCACCGCUACGCCGGCGGCCUGACGCAGCUGAAGAAGACGGAGGACCAGGUGGAGGUGAUGCAGCAGGAGCUGGCCCGCAUGCGGCCGCAGCUGGCGAAGAAGCAGGCGGAGACGGACGCGCUGAUCAAGGAGGUGGAGCUGGAGAGCAAGCUGGCGGAGGAGCAGCGUGCCGUGGUCGCCAUUGACGAGGCGGCGGCAAACGAGCAGGCGGCGGCGGCGAAGGAAAUUAAGGACGCCUCACAAAAGAAGGUGGAUGAGGCGCAGCCGCUGGUGGAGCAGGCGCAGCGUGCCGUGCUCGACCUCGACCCAAAGGCGCUGCAGGAAAUCAAGGCCCUCAAGACACCCCCGCAGGGUGUGAAGUACGUGAUUGAGGUCCUCUGCACGCUGCUGGGCGGCGUCUACAAACCGAAGCCGGUGCGUGACCCGCUCAGCGGCAGCGUGACCGUCCCGUACUGGGAGCACGCCAAGGUCACCCUGCUCACGGGCGAGUUCAAGAACACGCUGCUGAACGCCUACCCGGUGAUUGUAGACACGGCGCCCAACGAGCAAAUUGAGGAGGUGAAAAAGAAGAUGACUAACGACAUGUUUAAGAAUGAAAACAUCAAAAAAACAUCGGUGGCCCUGCUCGGUGUUGCGACCUACAUUCGGGCCGUGGUGGAGUACUACAAGCAGAACAAGAUCAUUAAGCCGUUGCUGGCACAGGCGGCGGCGGCGCAGCAGGCGUACGACACGGCGAUGGCGGGGCUGAAUAAGAAGAAGGAGGAGCUGCGCGUCAUCAACGCGAAGCUGGCGGAGCUCACGAGCCACCUGGAGGCGGUGAAGAAGGACAAACAGGACCUGGAGGAGAAGGUGAAUGACACGGAUGUCAAGCUGACGCGCGCGAAGAAGCUUAUUGAGGGGCUUGGUGGGGAGAAGGUUCGCUUUGGGAAGGAAAGCCAGCGGUUUGAGGAAGAGUUAAAGUACGUGGUGGGAAACGUCCUGAUCAGCGCCGGCGUCGUGGCGUACAUGGGGCCCUUCCUGCACAAGUACCGCGAGAAGGCGACGCAGGGCUGGCUGGCGAUGUGCAGGAGGCACGGCAUAAAGGUUUCCGAGGACUACGCCCUGGCGAAGUUUGUCGGGUCGCCCAUUGACAUCCAGACCUGGCGGCUGCAGCAGCUGCCGUCGGACGGGUUUUCCAUCGACAACGCCGUCAUCGUCAAAACCUCCCACCGCUGGCCGCUCUUCGUGGAUCCGCAGCAUCAGGCGAACAACUGGAUUCGCAACAUGGAGCGGGAAAAUGGGCUGGUCGUCACACGGCUCUCGGACCCCGACUGCAUUCGGACCAUCCGCGGCGCCAUCACGGAGGGACUCCCCGUGCUGCUUGAGAACCUCGAGGAGACGAUCGACCCGAUUCUGGAGAACGUGCUGCUGAAGCGGUUUACAAAGGAGGGCAGCGCCACCGUCGUGCACCUGGGCGAGCCCGUGGAGUGGAACGACAACUUCCGGCUGUACAUGACAACAAAACUCCCUCGGCCGCACUACCUGCCGGAGGUGAGCACCAAGGUGACGCUGGUCAACUUCAUGAUCACGCAGCAGGGCCUGCAGGACCAGCUGCUGCAGCGUGUCAUGAUGAGCGAGCGGCGGGAGGUGGAGGAGAAGAAGCAGGCCCUCACGCUGGAGGCCGCGGAGAAUCAGGCAAACCUGAAGCGAACGGAGGAUAAAAUCCUCGCAAUUCUCUCCUCUGAGGGGAACAUCUUGGAGAGCGAAACGGCCAUUGAGGAGCUGGACAGCUCCAAGGUGCAGAGCGACCAGAUUGCCAAGCGGCAGGAGGAGAUUGAGGCCAUGGAACGCAUAAGCGACCGUACGAGGAGUUUGUUCAUUCCGGUGGCUGGCCUUGGCGCCACCCUGUUCUUUUGCGUGACCGAGCUGGCAAACAUUGACCCGAUGUACCAAAACUCACUGAAUGCGUACAUCAGCGUCUUCCAGGAGUCGCUGCAGCAGAGCGAGGUCUCGGAGGAGGUAGACACCCGCAUAGAAAACAUUCGUACCACCUUUCAGAGGUCAUUGUACAAGCGGAUUUGUCGCUCGCUCUUUGCACGAGAUCAGCUGCUGUUUUCCUUUACAAUGUGCCUAAAGAUCCACGACGUGGAUGCCGAGCAGCUGCGUUGGUUGCUAAUGGGCGGGUUUGAGUCGGACGAUGACGCGCUGUCGCCAAAUCCGUUUUCCUCGUGGCUCCCGGAGCACAACUGGAAGUUGGUUUGGCGCGCCAGCACCCAACUCCCGGCGCUGGCGGGCUUUGACAAGACGGUGAAGGAGUACGAGAGCUUCUUCUCCGCCUUCUACGAUGCCCCGGACCCGCUGGCGGUGGAGCCGCCGAACGCGCUGGGGGAGAAGUUUGAAGGUCUGCUGCAGCUGAUUCUCGUGCGCUGCUUUCGCGCCGACAAGAUUGUGCCGGCGGUGACGGACUACGUGCGCGAGUUCCUCGGCGGCUACUUUGUGGAACCCCCUCUCUACGCCCUGGAGGACGUCGUCGACGAGCUCGCCCACGACCCGUCAGUUCCGCUUGUCCUCGUGCUCUCGCCCGGCGCGGACCCUAGCCUGGAGCUGGACCGCCUCGCCGAGCAGCGGGGAAUGAGCAGCCGGCUGUACAAGCUGUCGCUUGGGCAGGGGCAGGGCGUCUUUGCGCGGCAGCUGAUUGAGGAGGGGAUGCGCGGGGGGCACUGGGUGUUCCUGCAGAACUGCCACUUGUACCAAGACUUCAUGCCCGAGCUCUCCCGCAUCGUAGAGAACUACAGCGACAGCGGCGCCAAGGCCACUUUGAACGGUCAGUACCGCCUGUGGCUCACCUCGCUUCCGAGUGAGACGUUUCCCAUCUCCAUCCUGCAGAACGGCGUGAAGCUGGUGCAGGAGCCCCCGAAGGGCCUCAAAAACAAUCUCAUGCAGUCGUACCUGUCAAACCCUGUGGCGGACCCGCAGUUCUUUAAUUCCUCGAAGAAGCCCCACAUUUGGCGAAAAAUGCUCUUUGGGCUUUGCUUUUUCCACGCCGUGGUGCAGGAGCGCCGCCAGUUUGGGCCGCUUGGGUGGAACCGCAUGUACGAGUUUAACGACACGGAUCGCCGCAUCAGCGUGCGGCAGCUCAACAUGUUUCUCGACGAAAAUGAGGAGGUUCCGUACGACGCCCUGCUGUACCUCACCGGCCAGUGCAAUUACGGCGGCCGAGUCACGGACGAUUGGGACCGCCGCUGCAUAGUGGCAACCCUCUCCCUCUACCUCACGCCGCUGAUCCUGGAGGACGACUACGUGUUUUCCCCCGACGCCCCCGACUACUACGCCCCGCCCUUUGGGGAGUACGACACCUACGUGGAGUACAUUCGGGGACUGCCGUCCCAGCAGCCUCCCGCCAUCUUUGGACUGCACGAGAAUGCCGACAUCACCAAGGAUGAGCGGGAGACGCGGCUUCUCCUCGAGGCCACCCUGCUGACGCAGCCGCGUGAGUCCACGGGUGCGGAGUCGAAACUGGACCCCAAGGCAAUGGUCAAGGAGCUGGCAAACCACGUUCUGUCACGGCUACCAAAGCCUUUUGAUAUCGAGGAGAUACAGCGCAUGCAUCCAAUUGAUUACUCACAGUCGAUGAACACGGUCUUGCUGCAGGAGGCAAUACGAUACCGGCGUCUGCUGCUUGUCGUACGCCAAACCCUUGCUGACCUGCAGGACGCCAUUAGUGGAAAGGUGGUGAUGAGCGCGGAACUGGAGGAGGUCUUCAAUGCCAUGUACGACGGAAAGGUGCCGGAUGUCUGGAAGCGUCAGUCGUACCCGUCGCUGAAGCCCUUCGGCUCCUACGUGAGUGACCUGAUUGAGCGUCUAGGGUUUCUUCAGAAGUGGUGCGACGAGGGCCCGCCACCCAUGUUUUGGAUCAGUGGCUUUUUCUUUACACAGUCUUUCUUGACCGGCGUCAUGCAGAACUACGCGCGCAAGUGGAAGAUCGAAAUUGACAAACUCGUCUGGCAGUUUUCCGUGCUCGCGGAGGAGACGUGCACCACUGCCCCCGAGGAAGGGUGCUGCAUCGGCGGCUUGUUCCUAGAGGGCGCGGGGUGGGACCCCACCAACGCCGCCAUUUGCGAAAGUAGGCCAAAGGAGCUUUUUAUAAAAUUCCCCCUGCUGCGGCUGCUCCCCUGUCGCCCGCAGGAGCUCCCCGACACCCCGGUGUACCACUGCCCCUGCUACAAGACGACCGACCGCCGCGGCGUGUUGUCCACCACGGGCCACUCCACCAAUUUCAUUCUAACCGUCGACUUACCGAGGCACCCGGCGGAUUCGGAAAACCACUGGGUGCUUCGCGGGGUGGCGCUCUUCACGCAGCUUCCCUUUUAG